AUGAGAAAUGUUAACUUUGUAGGGAAGAAGUUUAAAAAAAUUGAGGAUGAUGAUUUAAAAGAGAAAAGGAAGAGAGAAUAAGCACUUAAUUUGAAAAGAAAGUUAUUGAAAGAUGAAUUCAAUGAGAUAGAUGAGCUAGAAAAGUUCACUACAAAAUAAUAAGAGUAUAUUUAAAGCACAAAAGGCAGCACAGAAUUUUAAUUUAGGAAAGAGCUAGAUGUAUAAGCUGAAAUUAGAUAGAGUAAGGAAAAGCAGCUCCGAGAUUUAGAAUAAUAAUUGAUAUCACUUACUUCAGAAUAAGGAAGUAAUUCUUAGUAUGCUAGUUAGUUUUAGUAAGAAAAUGCUUUUGCUACAAAGAGCCAAUUUUCUGCUAAAUAAUUUUCUACCAUAUUCAGCAAAUCUUAUUAUAGGUCUAACACUUUGAAUUUAUUAAGUAGGACUUAAAUGGCCAAUAAAUAAGAAAUAGAAGACCAUUUAGUAUUAAUCAAAUAAGAAAUAGAAACUACUCAAGCUAAUAUUGAAAAUGAAGAAGAGAGAACUUACAGUAUUAAAAAUUAAUUAGAUUAGUUGUUUAAAACAAAGCAAAAAAUCAAGCAUGCUCUUGGUGAAAUUGAGUCUUUAAAUGAAGCUGCAGAUCGUAGAUUCGAUAAUUUAUAAAGAAUUUAAUUCCUUGCUCAUGAGAAAGAAUAAAGCACAUCAAAGUAGCUUAACAAAAUAAAAACAGAAUUAUCAGAUUAAGAACUAAUGAGAUAAGGUAUUCUAUCGAGAUAGGAAGAAAAGAGAGAGAAAGAGCACAAAGGAAGAAAAGAUAAUGAAGAAACUACAGGAAAUAUAUUAAUAAAAAUAGAUGAGUAGCAAGUAAUUUUUAACUAAACGAAAUAACAACUUCAAGAGUUACUUAAUGAAGAAAGAAAAAUUAUUAAAAAACGUAUGUAGUCUAAAUAUAUAAUUAAGUACAUUUAGUUUUUUGAGAAAUUUAGAGAGCUUUUUAUGGGAGAUAAUGUAGAAGAAGAUAAAAUUAAAAAACUUUAUGAAGCCUAAGAUUUGCACUCCCAUAAUGAAGAAAAGUAAUUUGAUGAUAUAAUUAAAGAAAAUAAUCCAGAUGCAGAUGCUAGAAGUGUUUACUCGAUGAACUCUGCUGCACCAAUUAAUUUUGAGAAUAAAUCAAGCAUGUCUUACAAUAAAUAGAACAAAGAUUAGGUAAAGGAAUAGGACUAUCGUGACAACAAUAGUAACCUUAACUAAGAAGAUUAAGAAAUUGAAAGAACAGAGCUAAUUAGUUAUAUAAAUAGCUUUUUAGAUCAAUAUCCAGAUGGUUUAGACUCGUGUGUUGAAAAUAUAUUAAGGGUCUUAAAUGAAAUGAAAUACGAAUAAGAAACAAAUAAUGAAAAAUAUGAAACUCUUUUAAAAUCAAAAACUCUAAAAACUCAUGAUUUGCUCGAGUUAGAAAAGAGUUUUAAAGAGCUUUAAAAAAAUAACCCUUAUGUCGAACUCAUGAGAAACAAUAGUGUUGAGGAAGAAAGAUUAGAAAAUAUAUAAGAAGCAUUUGAUGCUGGGUAUGUUAAAAUUAACACCCCUAAGUACUCUUUAGUACCUGCUUCUCAUUAAGGAGAAGAACUAGCAAAAAAGCUAUCUCUUUACACUACAGUCAAUAUACUUAAAAUGUCUGACAUGACAGAUUUUGGACCUGUUGUAGAGGAAAUUAAAUACAAUAAGAACUUUUUCUUUAACUUCUUUAUGAAUUAUGGAGAUUCUAUUGUUAGAAUAUGUAAAAUUGUUAAGACUAUUUUCAAAAAAAUCUUACAAAACUCUCCUUCUCCCUUAAUGAAUAAGAGAUGCUAAGAGACAAUUAAAUAUAUAUCAAGUAUUUGGAUGGAAAACGAAAAAAAUAAAGAAGUUUUAGAGACUCUUCCUAUGCUACCUGAAUUGUCUUCAGUGCAGCAAAGCAACAUUUCUAGUGUAUAGUAAUAAAUGAAUCCUUCAGGCUCAAGUACUAAUACUAAUGCAUUGCAGGUUUAGAACAGUAAUAAGCAUAAAAGCCGUCUCUCUAUUGAUAACAUCUAAGCAGAAUAGCUUGAAAUUUUGCAUUAAAUAUAAGUUGAAAAAGAACUUAAAAGACAUAAAAAAUUUAAAAUUAUAAUGGAAAAGUUUAGCUUAGAGGAAAUCAAGGAGAUGUUUACAAAUAUUUUUGGGGAGGGAUAUGACUAAGAAGCAGCUGAGUUCUUUUAGGCCAUCAAAAAUGACAGAUUAGUUUGGUUUUUUUGUAAUACUGAAAAUAUUUAAGAGUUUUUGAUUAAUAGACAUGCUUCACAUUCUUAUGAUUCCAAAUAAACUGUAAAUGAACUCUUGAUGGAAUUUAUUGAUUUAGAAAACUGUGCAUCUUAAGAAUAUAAUAAUAAAUUAAAUGAGUUGUAUAAUCAUUUUGUUGGCAUGAUGAAUUAGAUUAAAACAGAAAGUAAAGAAAUUUUGGAUGAUUUAAAAGAAAAAAAUGUUGUGUACUACCCUUUUCGUCUUUACAAGCAAAGUGAAUAAUAAGUAAAUCCAAAGAUUGCUUAAGCUGUAGAAAAUGCUAUUAAAAGAUAAAAUGAGUAUUUGUUCUCUUUGAGUGAAAGUAACAAAGAUGAAAUCCAGCAAACAUCACCUUAAAAUAGUCAUCAUUUACAUCAUACAAUCCUAAAUUAAAAAAUUAGUAGUGAUGACAUAUAGAAAAACGAACCUUAAAACCAGAAGGAAGGCUCCCGCUUAUAACAAAUUAUUGAUUAUAUUGAGAAGGUACCUUCUUCUAGACAAAGAGAAGCUGCGAAGAAAAAGUAUAUGAUACCUUCAGGCUAUGGAUAAAAGACAUUAAAGAAUAAUGGUUCUGGUAUUUCUGGCGGAUAGAGUUUAUUAUCUUCUUCAUUAAUUAUCAACCAUACAAACAGUUCUAAUCAGUAAAUCUAAAUGGCAGCUAGUGUAUCUCAUAGCAACAGAGCUACAAUUCAUUUAAAUAAAGAAAUUUUACCACUUUAAUUUACUUAAAAUUCUUAAAUUUAGUCGUCAUAAUAAUAAUAGCACUAAUUACUUCAACAACAACAAACAAUGUCAUCUUAAUUUUAAAAUAAUGGACCAUAAAUAUUACAGUCUAAUUAAAUUAAUAAUUCAUAAAACCUAGCGAAUCUAUAAAACACAUAAAGUACAGCAUAAAUAACAGAUGUAACUUCAUCUUAAAGAAUUACACAAGGUGGUACAUCAGGUAUUCUAAAGAAAUAACAAAGAAAAACACAAGAUUAUAAAUCUUUGCAGGAUAUAUAAGAAGAUUUAUUUAUUGAUGAGAUAGCAAAAAAGUAAAAAUAGAGAGAGAAGUAAGAAUACAUAGAGUAUCUCAUAAAGGAAAAAGAAAAAAACAAAAAGUUGUUGUAGAUAGAAUAAGAAAAAAUACCAAAUGCCUAGUUUAAAGUCAUUCAAGAUUUAAACAAUAGAUUGACUUAAGCUACUGAUACACAAAAUAUGCAUAAAAAGACAUUAAGAUAGUUUAGUACUAAUUAGAAGAUAUUAUCAAAAAUAGAUAGGUUAGAUAAAAAUUAUGAUACAACAGCUACUACAAACAGGCUUUUUAACAAGAUAGAAGAAGAAAAGAAAAGUAUAUACAAGAAUAUGGUUUAGCAAGAGCAAGAUGAAAAGUAAGAUAAAUAAAACAAAUACACUAUUCAAAUUAAGUAAGAAAAUAAUGAAGACGAAGAGUCUGAAGAAAAUGAUGAUGAUGUUGAAACUCUAGGAAAAAAUUAUGCAAAACUUCGCUCUUAACAAUCAUAAACAUUUUCUUAUCUUAGAUCUACAAAUGCUAUGGAUUAAAGAAAGAAAGCAAACUUUGAAACAAUCAAAGGGUUAGAGAGUGAACGUUCAAAAAAUAAAUUAUUUUAGCAUCACACAAAUGCUCACAGUUCAGUAGAUAGCCAUUAAAAUGACUAUCUCCCAGCAACAACGUCUAAUGUCAGAGAAAAAGGUAGAAGUAGUGAGAAUAAUAGAUCGACUGUAAGAUCUUGGAAAACUAGUAUCAGCACAGCAGCUAAUUCAAAGAGACCUGAUACUCAGCAAUACUCCUCUUCAAAUAACUUAAACUCUUAAUUCUACUCAAGCCAAAAUCAAAAAUUCUUUCAGAAAUACACUGAUAAUAACGAUGAUAGGAUGCCUAAUAUCUAAGAAAAAAGAUCAUACAAUACAUCUUAAGAAAAAAGGAAAAUUCAUUCUUCGAAAAGCUCUUCUGAUAUUAGUGGCAAGAACUUUAAAUUCUAAUCCUAACUAAACAAUCAAAAUUCUAAAAAUUCAAGCUAAAAAAACACUUUUAGAGCUCCUUAAACAAGUGAUGCUAAAUUAAAUACUGAAUUUAAAGGUGGAAAUUACGAUAGAGCUAAUUUCUAUAACUUCCCUUUCUUCUCUCACCCACUAUCAGUUUAAAACAACACAUAUAACAUUCCUAUGUUUCCAAUGAUGACUGCUCCUUCUUUGAAUCUAUAUACACCUACAGGUUUACUUGUAAAUUAUGCUAAAAAUGAAAACAUUAGUAUAGUAAAUUCUCCUGAGUAUAAUUGA